ACAUGAGUGACAAUUCAUUUCCAAAAUUGCAAUCUACUGUCGCGCAUCCAUUCAUAGAAUCAUGAGCUUGCAAUACUAUUCUUCAACAUUCCUGCUGGUACUUUGUACCAUUCAUGUUUUGAAAUUUGGCGUUGUAUUCUCGGAGGAAGAAUUUGAUACGUCCACGCCGUCCAUGAAGGAUGUCCCUCGCUCAGCUUGGACUCUGGUUGACAAGCUGAAAGAAGCUGUAGAAAGGAUUAAUGGAGCAGUGGAUUAUGAUAUUUCAUUUCAUCCACUUGACUUCAUUGAUGGUGAAUACCGAUUUGAUCUAAACGGAGUCCUGUCUGAUCCGUACGUAACAGGGCUUGAUCUCACCUGGGCCUCUUCCUCAGAACAAACAUGUGAAAUGGUUCUGGCCGGGAAUGCCGUCAAAUUACAUGGUAAAGUCAGUUAUGGAUAUGUUUUCUUUGACCUUGACAAUCUUUUAGCGGAAGGACAUUCAAAUAAAUACAUCAAGGCUAAGGUUUUACCAUCUCACAUUUGCCACAUGAAAAACCCUCCUGAAAAAUCAUUUCUGGUGGUCUACAGGAAUGAAACUAAAGAGAAUUUGUUCCGAGAAUUAGAGAAUUUGAGAUUAUUUAGACCCAAAAGACAGGCGGGGAAUAUAAACUCGGACAAUCAGUCAAUCAGAGAGGCGAGAAACCUGGAUAAUCCUUUGCGCGAAAACGAGGCUAGCCCGGGUGGAACAGAGACAAACCAAAAAACAAGAGGAUGUCGUCUUGUGCCAUGGACAGUAGACUUUGUACAGUUACACUGGGAUCGAUAUAUCCUUUCUCCGAAGAGUUUUCAAGCCAAUGCUUGUCAAGGAGAUUGUGUGCAGACAGGACAGGACUGUACCCACUCAUUUUUCGACAAGAAACCUACGAAUUAUUAUCUCUUGAGGAUAUUAUACAGGGUUGGACUAAAUAAGACUGUUCCGAAUAACCCGAGUUGUAAGCCUGCAAAAUAUGGUUCACAAGCGAUCAUGUUUCUAGGAGACGGAUCCUUGGUUAUUAGGAAUGUAGCGAAAAUGCGAGUCUUGGAAUGUAAAUGUGAUUGUUAAAACCAAUGAUGACCAGAGUUCUCCUUUAUAAUUUAUCUGACAAAACAUGUAGAUAACAAUUUAGGGAUUAUAAAGUAAUAAUUUUUGUACAUAUUCUUUACAAUGGGAGGUUGAUAGUUGAUAUAUCGGAGGACUUUUUACAUAAUUGUAUGGUUCAAUCAUAGUUGUUUUUUUUUUCUUAUUGAUUUCUUAUUUUUCAAUUAUUUUAUCAUUUUUAUCAAUAAAAAUAACUACUCUUAGCAUUUAUAAGUAUAUUCAUGACUUUCUUUUUUUUUUAUUCUGUAAAUUGAUAUGCUGUACACAAUAUUACAUAA